AUGGUCGCGGCAACGGACACGGGCGUGCUUAGGGGCAUUCCCGAAUUCUUCGAGACUGAAAUCAACGAAUGUCUAGUGGCCAGAACUGAGUCGCUGGCUACGUUUCGAGAAUUAGGCUCCCCUGAUCUUUGCCAUGUGGUCAAGGCAAACUCAAAAUCAGUUCCAAAAGAGAUUGGGUCAUAUCACUUUGUUCUUGGUGCCGACACUUCAUCUUCAGCAACCGUCGCAGCAUAUUUAAAUUCGCUCAUGUAUAUGCUGGCAAGUGCACCAGUUCAAGGAAAACCAAAUCCAUGGAAAAUCAAAAUGGGAACAUUCUGCUGCUUCAAUGCCUUCUCUCGCGUUGAUGUUCGUGUUGAAGUCAAAAUCCCUGGUGGUGUGGACUCCUACAUUGUAGAUCUUCGUGGAGACAGGCAUCCAAUCACCAAUGUUGCAAUUUGGCAAGAAGCAUUUGUUUCAGCAGUACUAAGAGCAAUUUUAGAUGAUAAUGACGAACCUGAUGGAAACGACGGACAUCCUUUACUUGGAUUAAGAAAAAUUGAUCCUUUGCAAACGUUGGGUGCCGAGGGUCGGUUUCUUGAAGCCGCUGCUGUAGAAUUCUGGAAAGGAUGGCAACUGGGAAGUCAGCCUGAAGUUCAAGUUGCAACACCAUUUUCAAACCAUUUAACAAAUGGCAUCUUUAGCUAUUUUCAAAAUGCUGGUAGACUUUCAGAGGCGGCCAAGUUUUUUGCUGAUUUAGACAGUCGUGACCCAGAUGUUGCCGCUAUCCUUGCCAAGGCGUACCUUGGCACAGACGAAGAAAUCAAAGCUGUACAAGUUCUUUAUGAAGCGUCAAAAAAACAUCCUGUAACAUACAGUUUGUUGCUUGUUCAGACAGAUUUUCUUAUUGGCAAGAAACAAUUUGAAAAGGCACUUAAACUUGCAAAACUUGCAGUCACAUAUGCUCCUUCUGAGUUUUUGGUUUGGGCCAAGCUGGCUGAUAUUUAUAUUCAACUCUCUGAUUUUGAAUCUGCGCUUCUAGCACUUAAUUCAUGCCCAAUGUUCACCUACUGCGAGCGUGACUCUCAGCGCAUGCCCCCACCAGCUAGAACACAUCUCCCUCUUCGUGCAGAUGCUACAACCCUCCGACCAGAUCAAAAUCCAAAAACAAUUCCACAAACUAAUGGUACUCUCUUUGAUGAGAAUGAUCCCCGUGAAGACGAAGUUCAUCCCGAGUUGCAACGCCUUCCAUCCCUUUCACUUCGCGGCACUUUUUUAGAAGCAUACCGCCUUCUUAUUCGUAUUGUUGCUCGUGUUGGAUGGGACGACCUACUCAAGUUUCGUUCACAGGUAUUUGUCAUGGAAGAUGAAUAUUUGAUUCACCGAUCAGCUGCUGAAGAGUCUCGGCGGCCUGGCGACGAUGUUGACACGGGCGAUGAUUUUAAAGAUGAGGAUGAUUUGGAAGGCGAUGUGAGCAGGCGGUAUCUGGAUGAAGAACAAAAAAAUGAUAUUCAUAAUGCUGCUAAUGGAGGUGCAGGCAAACUCCGUCGCUCGUCAUCAAAUACAAGCUCUGAUGUACAUAGCGGAGAUGAUCGGAUAAUGCAAUCUAUUGAUUUGGACAAUGGGGGUGACAUUGCUUCCAAUACUAUGAGUAAUGCCGAUCAGGCACCAAAAUCUGCUUCACCAUCCAAGGGCAAGCUUUCGAUUGAUGAAUUAAUGAAGCGAGCUACAUUGGAAAAGAAUGAUUCAGCGACACCCAAUGUGCAAAAAACUCGUGUUCCUAAUCCCCGUUCACAACUUCAUAGAGUCUCGUUCAGUUUCAAACACAAGCGUCUAUGCGAAAAGUGGUUGGAUAACUUGUUUAUGGUGUUGUACAACGACUUGAGGCUAUAUACCGCACUGAAACAGGAAAUGUCACAGUUUAAAAACCAAACCAAUAAUUCCAAUGCAAUGAUAUAUCGCAAAACUGGUGCAGAAUGGGAGAUUUAUGGUGAUUUGGCUGAACGGCUUUUUCAUCGUGAUGAUGCCAAAGAGGCUUAUCGUCUAUGUCUUGACCAAAAAUUAUCCACCAAGGCGUGGCUAAAACUGUUGCAAAUUCAUGCCGAGGAUGGAAAUAUUCAACUAUGCUUGCAAUCUGUAGUCAAAAUGACUACACUGCUGGAUCGCACAUUUUCUGAGCAUACUUAUCCAAGUUCGAUUGGACGUGGUUUGUUUAUGCUGAUUAGACGUCACGGAUUUGCCAAAGUUCAAAAUGUAUUGAUUUCAAUGAAUGUGCCUCAAGCAGGUUACCGACAGAUUAUUCGAUACUUUGAAUAUGCAGAACUUUUCCGUGUUUCUGGUGCCGACUGGUAAUUCCAAAUGCAUAAAUAAAUGCCUUGAUUUUAAAUC